AUAAUUUGUAACUACAUUUAAGGUGCUAUUGUUUUUUAAUGUCGGUUUUCUAUCCUUUUGUCUUAUUUUCUGUUUUGCUUACAAUUUAUUGUAAUUGACCAUUUGUUACUCUAGAGAAAAUCUUUUAUGAAAGGGCGUGCUUCUGAAUGACGAACCGUUCCGCCAUUUGCACGGGGGAAGGAAUACGAUGACGGAACUCCACGCGACACUUCCGCUAACAACAAAUCCGAUACAAACUCUUAAGUGUAUUGUUUACUUAUCUGGUAUAAUACAAACACCCACUGCUAGGCGAUUUUGAUUUUGAAAGUUAAUGUAAACGGCAUAAUUGCGGCUUUGCUACACACAUUUCAUUAUGGAUAUACGUCCAUGUCUUCGGCAAUGAACGUGACUCAGCGAACAAAUGAUCCGGCUUAGUGUUUGCUUACCGGCUAACACUGGACCGACGGACUAAUGUAGCAGUUAGAGGCUAAUGGUUAACAUUUUAGUAGCCUGACACAGAUCGAAACAAUUUAUCAAAACUUAAUCGUAACACCGAUACAUUAUUAUUAUCUGUGAAUAAUAUCCAGAGACGUUCAAGGUCCCCACCUGCGCAGAACAAAAUGUCUUUUGGGAAAAUGAAGAUGUUCUCGGUGUCACACAAGACGGUCUUUGUGGUGGAUCACUGUCCCUAUAUGGCUGAGUCCAGUCGUCAGCAGGUGGAGUGUGAUGUGUUGACAAAGAGUCGAGCUCAGGGGGUUAUACCUCUUGCUCCUGUGUCCAAGUCUCUCUGGACCUGCGCUGUGGAAUGCUCGAUGGAAUACUGUCGCAUUCUCUAUGACGUUUAUCCAAAGGACAAACUGAUCAAUUACAUUGUGAGUGAUUCAGAGUUUCACAUACUGAAUAGCUGGAGGCAGGAGGAUCAGAGUAUUCAGGAGCUCAUGGCAGCUCUGGCAGCUGUUGGGCCACCUAACCCACGGGAGGACCCGGAAUGUUGCAGCAUCCUGCACGGGCUGGUGUCUGCGGUGGAGGCGUUGUGCAAGAUCACAGAGUUACAACACGAGAAGCGGACGGCUUUAAUGGACACAGCGGAGAGAGUUGCCAACAGGGGGCGUAUUAUCUGCCUGACCAAUGCUAAAAGUGAUACACACGUGCGCAUGUUGGAAGACUGCAUCCAGGAAACAAUUUUAGAACAAAACAAACUGGCAGCUGGGUCUGACAGACUGAUGGCCAUUCAGCAGUGUGAGCUGGUUUUAGUUCACAUAUACCCCCAGGGUGAAGACACACUUGUUUCUGACCGACCCAAGAAAGAGAUCUCUCCUCUACUCACCAGUGAGGUUCACAGUGUUCGUGCUGGGAGGCACCUCGCCACCAAGCUCAACAUUCUGGUCCAGCAGCACUUUGACUUGGCCUCGACCACCAUAACCAACAUCCCCAUGAAGGAGGAGCAGCACGCCAACACGUCAGCCAAUUAUGACGUCGAGCUCCUGCAUCACAGAGACGCUCACCUGGAGUUUUUCAAAAGUGGAGACUUGCAUAUGGCAGGAACCAGCACACGAGAAAAUGGACUGAAAGAGACGGUAACAUUAAAAUGGUGCACUCCAAGAACCAACGUCAUAGAACUGCAUUACUGCACGGGAGCCUAUCGUAUCUCUCCCACAGACGUAAACAGUCGGCCAUCGUCUUGUUUGACAAAUUUUCUUCUUAAUGGUCGCUCUGUGCUGUUGGAGCUGCCCAAGAAGUCAGGUUCAAAGGUGAUCAGUCACAUGCUCAGCAGCCACGGGGGCGAGAUCUUCCUCCAUGUUCUCAACAGCAACCGCUCCACGCUGGAGGACCCGCCCUCCAUCAGCGAGGGCUGCGGGGGCCGGGUCACAGACUACAGGAUCACAGACUUUGGUGAAUUCAUGAGGGAGAACAGGCUAACUCCAGUUUCAGAGAAUUCCCACAAUCCUUCUGGAAAGCUGCCAUUUGAGAGGGCCAAGUCGCAGCUGGAGCGGUACACACGAUACUGGCCAAUGAUCAUCUCACAAACCACCAUAUUUAACAUGCAGGCAGUGGUUCCUCUUGCCAACCUGAUAGUGAAGGAAACUCUCACUGAAGAGGAUGUCCUGACCUGCCAGAAGACAGUUUACAACCUGGUGGACAUGGAGAGGAAGAACGACCCUCUCCCCAUCUCCACUGUGGGUUCAAGAGGCAAAGGCCCAAAACGGGAUGAACAGUACCGUAUCAUGUGGAACGAGCUGGAAACUUUAGUGAAAACUCACGCUGCCGCCACGGACCGACACCAGCGGGUCCUGGACUGCAUCAUCGCCUGCCGCAGUAAACCUCCAGAAGAGGAAGAACGAAAGAAGCGAGGGAGGAAGAGAGAGGAGAGGGAAGACAGGACGGAGAAAAAUGGCAACAAGGAGGCAGAAGAUAAAAGCUGGCAGGAAUCAGAAAGGCUAAAGAGUCUGUUGGAUAAAGAAGAUCAGGAGUCUGAGGUGAUCAAGGACUCACCAGAUUCUCCAGAGCCGCUCAACAAGAAACCACGCUUGAUGGCAGAAGAGACUCAGCCUCAGGAGAGAGCAAAAGGCCCAGUGUCGCUCCUCACCAUGUGGACCAAUCGCAUCACAACAGCCAAUUCCAGGAAGCACCAGGAGUUUGCCGGAAGGCAGAGCUCAGUCAACAACAAGUUUGAGUUGUACCAGCACCUGAAAGAAGAGAACGGGAUGGAUGUUCAUGAAAAUGGCAAAGCCACUAGAUGAUGACUGAAGACGUCCUUGGAGCUCCACUAAUUACAAAGAGCGAGGGUUGUGUGUUUUUUUUCAAGCUCUGGUGUCAGUCUGUACCAUCAAGACAAGGAACAUCAACAAAACAAAACAACAAACGGACCAUGAACUCUUGAUAUUGGAUUUAUAUUUUUUUUUUACCCACAGUUUUGUAGAUAUGCUGUUCACAUAUUAUGUAACUCAAUAAAGACUGUCUGUAGAGAACUGUA